AUGUCAUCAAAAAAGGUGCCAAUCUAUAGUUCACGAGCGCCAACACCAAUCGCACCGUACACUCAAGGCGUAAGAGCCGGUGAUUAUGUGUUCAUAACGGGACAGAUAUCUACCGAUGUUAAGACUGGUGAGCCUGUCGUGGGAUCACUACGAGUCCAAUACGAGACCACAUUCAACAAUGUCUUAGCCGUGACCGAAGCCGCC